AUGGCGCGAAUUAUCCAGUUAUGCCUUCUUCUGCUCUCGAGCAUAGGCUUUCUGGCCGCUACACAGAACCAGUCAGAAGCUGGUUGGCCAGUUCACGAUGAUGGCCUGACCACAGACGUGCAGUGGGAUCACUACAGCUUCACCAUUCACGACCAAAGAAUCUUCGUCUUCUCUGGAGAAUUCCACUACUGGCGCAUUCCGGUGCCUGGGCUAUGGAGGGAUAUUAUUGAGAAAAUCAAAGCUGCUGGCUUUACCGCUUUUUCCAUCUACUCGAGCUGGGCGUGGCAUUCCCCGAACAACUACACAGUCGACUUCUCAACCGGUGCUCGUAAUAUCACGCCAAUUUUCGAGCUUGCAAAGGAGCUUGGGAUGUAUGUGAUUGUACGUCCUGGUCCUUACAUCAACGCAGAGGCCAGCGCGGGUGGAUUUCCUCUGUGGCUUACGACUGGCGAUUACGGAACUCUGCGGAACAACGAUUCGCGAUACACAGCAGCAUGGAAACCAUACUUUGAUAAGAUGUCGGAGAUCACGAGUCAGUACCAGGUCACAAAUGGCCAGAAUACUUUCUGCUAUCAGAUUGAGAACGAAUACGGCGAUCAAUGGCUCAGUGAUCCGAGCCAAAGGGACCCCAACGAGACCGCAAUCACUUACAUGGAGCUCCUUGAAAGUAGCGCCCGUGAGAACGGUAUUCUUGUUCCCUUUACGGCAAAUGAGCCUAACAUGAAUGCGAUGUCUUGGGGCAGCGAUUGGUCUAAUGCUGGAGGCAACGUCGACGUUGUUGGCUUGGACUCCUAUCCUUCGUGCUGGACUUGUGAUGUCAGCCAGUGUACCUCCACGAAUGGAGAGUACGUAGCUUACAAGGUCGUCGAAUACUAUGACUAUUUCCUCGAAUUCUCGCCGACGGUGCCGUCAUUCAUGCCCGAGUUCCAGGGCGGCUCUUAUAACCCAUGGGCGGGCCCUGAGGGAGGAUGCAGCGAUGAUACUGGUGCGGACUUUGUCAACCUUUUCUACCGGUGGAACAUUGCCCAGCGAGUGACGGCCAUGAGUCUUUACAUGAUAUAUGGAGGAACAAGUUGGGGCGCCAUUGCUGCACCCGUGACGGCGACCAGCUACGACUAUUCUGCUCCGAUCUCCGAGGACCGCUCCAUUGCGUCCAAAUACUACGAGACCAAAUUGCUGUCGCUGUUUACUCGCAGUGCACGAGACUUGACGGUGACCGACCUUGUCGGUAAUGGAACGCAAUAUACGAACAACACGGCUGUCAGUGCGUACGAGUUGCGCAAUCCCACAACGAAUGCUGGGUUCUAUGUCACGCUUCAUAAAGACUCAACCGUUGGCACCAACGUAGCUUUCAGCCUGCGUGUCAAUACGUCUGUGGGAGCCCUCACAAUCCCUAGACUUGGAGGCACAAUCCGUUUGAAUGGCCAUCAAUCGAAGAUUAUUGUGACCGAUUACACCUUUGGCUCGGAGACGCUCUUGUAUUCCACUGCUGAAGUUCUCACUCACGCCGUCAUCGACGACAAACCGACCCUUGUACUCUGGGUACCGACAGGCGAGUCCGGAGAAUUCGCUGUAAAGGGCGUGAAGAAGGGAUCUGUGGUGUCGAAAUGCCAAGGUUGCUCGGAUAUUAACUUCCACCAAGAAAGUGGCAGUCUCAUCGUGGGCUUCACUCAAUCCGAGGGCGUGAGUAUUGUGCAGCUCGACGACGAAAUUCGGGUAGUCCUACUGGACCGGACUGCGGCAUACAACUUCUGGGCUCCUGCUCUCACGGAAGACCCUCUUGUUCCGGAGAACGAGGCUGUCCUCAUCCAAGGUCCAUAUCUUGUUCGCUCCGUCAACUUGAAAACGUCAACCCUCGAAAUUAAGGGUGACUCCGUCAACGAAACUUCCCUGGAGGUCUUUGCGCCCAAGGAGGUCAAGGCUAUCACAUGGAACGGAAAGCAGUUGAAGACAUCUCAGACCUCAUAUGGUAGUCUCAAGGCCACUAUUGCUGCGCCCCCUUCCAUUCAACUGCCGGCCUUCACAUCGUGGAAAGUCAACGACAGCCUGCCGGAGCGUCUUCCGACGUACGAUGCCUCCGGUCCCGCAUGGGUUGAUGCCAACCACAUGACGACCGCCAAUCCCAGCCCACCUGCCACACUGCCAGUUCUCUACGCCGACGAAUAUGGCUUCCACAACGGCGUCCGCCUCUGGCGCGGUUCCUUCAACGGCACCGCCUCCGGCGUCUUCCUAAACGUCCAAGGAGGCAGCGCAUUCGGCUUCUCCGCCUGGCUCAACGGCCACUUCAUCGGUUCCUACCUCGGUGACGCCUCCAUCGAACAAGCCAACGAAACCUUCCUCUUCCCCAACACCACCCUCCCCAACUCCUCCAACACCCUCCUCAUCGUCCACGACGACACCGGUCACGACGAAACCACCGGCGCGCUCAACCCCCGCGGAAUCCUCGAAGCCCGUCUCCUCAGCCCGGACAACUCAAAUACCUUCACGCACUGGCGCAUCGCGGGCACCGCCGGCGGCGAAUCCAACCUCGACCCCAUCCGCGGCGCCUGGAACGAAGACGGACUCUACGCCGAACGCGUCGGAUGGCAUCUCCCGGGCUUCGAUGAUAGCGCGUGGCCCUCCACCUCGGCACAGAACCUCUCGUUCACCGGCGCGACGGUCAAGUUUUUCCGGACUACCGUCCCGUUGGAUAUUCCGCGUGGAGUGGAUGUCUCGAUCUCGUUUGUGUUGGGGACGCCGGCGAAUGCGCCUAGUGAUGCCUAUCGGGCGCAGUUGUUUGUGAAUGGGUAUCAGUAUGGUCGGUUCAAUCCGUAUAUUGGGAACCAGGUUGAUUUCCCGGUUCCGGUGGGAGUGUUGGAUUAUACUGGGGAGAAUACGAUUGGUGUUGCGGUGUGGGCGCAGACGGAGGCCGGUGCGGCGAUUAGUGUUGGGUGGAAGGUCAACUAUGUUGCGGAUAGUUCGCUGGAUGUGGCGGGUUUGGAGACGAGUGAGUUGCGGCCUGGGUGGAGUGAGGAGAGAUUGAAGUAUGCUUGAUUGAUGCAUUGGGAUUAGUAUGAAUGUUUCAAAUAAACAACGGGGGG